AUGCGCCUUUCUGCUUCUUUCGGAGCAGCAAUGGCGUCCACCUUAGCGUUGUGCAGGUUACAUAUGAAAGGAAGGGGCAGCCUGUCGAAGUGCCUACAGAAGGUCGAUACAUUUCUUCACAGGACUAUUGGAACAAAUGAUGUUGCUGUGAAAGAAGAAAGGGAAGGAUGCAAAUCUCUGUAUGGUGUUCAGGCGGAGAGACAAGAACAGGCAGAGAGAUCUGUUCUUAUCAGCUGCCACUCCAGAACUAAUGAGAAUAAUUUCCUCACGUAUUUAUCAAGACAUGGAGACAUCAAUAAAUACUUCUUUUAUGAAAGCUAUGGCAUGUAUGCUGUGGUGGAAUUUGCCAACCGGGAAAGUCUUGUAUCAUUAUUAGAAGAGGCGGCCAUAGCCAGCAUCAGCCAUGAGUCCAUGGUGCCUUUUAAAUCGAGACUGCUGUCGCUAAGGAACCUCGGCUCAGCGGACGCCCCAAACCAGCAAUCAGGCAAACAGUGCCAGCCCCAAACCACCAUCCCCAUCAAUGAGCUCAUUCAGAGACUGUCCAGAGAGGAAAGUAUAGAACAACAGAUAACCUCCCUAACAGAUGUCUAUCAGCUAACGGAGGAGAACAGCCGGCUACGUUUCCUCGUCUGCUCUCUGCUCAAGGACAUCGCUGCUGCUUAUUUCCCAGAAUGCACCAUCAACCCAUUUGGCUCAUCAGUGAAUGGCUUUGGAAAGCUGGGCUGUGACCUGGACAUGUUUCUGGAUGUGGAUGGCAUUAGUGGGAGAAAUGCAAAGAUGCCAAAAUCAGGUUUGUGGCUGGAGUACCAAAUGAAGAGGGCCAGCUCGGAGCGGGCCGUCACCCAGAGCCUCCUGUCCGUCAUCGGGGACUGCGUGGACCAGUUUGGUCCUGGUUGCGUCGGGGUGCAGAAGAUUCUCAACGCACGAUGCCCCCUGGUCCGUUUCGCCCACCAGCCCUCUGGUUUUCAGUGUGACCUCACAGCCAACAAUAGGGUGGCGAUGAAGAGCACCGAGCUGCUCUACCUGUACGGAGAGCUGGACCCGCGCGUGCGUCAUCUGGUGUUCACCGUGCGCUGUUGGGCCCGAGCUCACGGCAUCACCAGCAGCAUUCCCGGGGCCUGGAUCACUAACUUCUCCCUCACCGUCAUGGUGCUGUUCUUCCUGCAGAGGAGGAGCCCUCCCAUCAUCCCCACGCUGGACCACCUCAGGGACCUUGCAGGUCCCGGGGACAAGAGCGUGAUUGAGGGGAACGACUGCACGUUCAUCAGCGACUUCAGCAAGAUCCAGCUCCUGAGCAACACGGAAAGCCUGGAGAAACUGCUGUGUGAAUUCUUUGAGUUCUACUCCACCUUUGCAUUCAACAGGAUGUCCAUAAGUAUCCGAAAGGGCAAAGAGCAGAACAAGCCAGAGGUAGCCCCGCUGCACAUCCAGAACCCGUUCGAAACGUCCCUGAACAUCAGCAAGAACGUCAAUGCCACUCAGCUAGACCGCUUUGUGGCGUUGUGCCAGGAGAGCUCCUGGCUGCUCCAGCAGAGUGACACCAACACGGCCAGAGGUGGUAAUGCGGAAAAGGCUCCCACACCUUGGGGACUCGCUACCCUGCUCAUGCCCUCGCAAGUUGCGGGGAUCAAAGGUCGCAAGAAAAGGAGACGGGAGCCGGCCAGUGAGAGGAUCAAGAGCUUGCUGGAAUCCUUGAAGAAUACCAAUCAGCAUAAGAAAAGCUAAGACAGCAGCUCCAUCCUCUUACUGGCACUUUAACUCAUGCAUUGGUGGACACCUCCUGGUGUUAUGGUGGUGCCUCACUGAGGAGGCGAGGAGCAGCUUCUGCAGUUAAAUUCAUCUGCUGGACUGUAGUUCCAAACAUGGACACUGGGGGGUGUUACUGAGGCCUGAGUGUGCAUAUGUUUGGGACCUGGAGUAAGGGAGUGAUUGCUGUGUACUUUACUGUAGACUUGCCUACUCUGUUGUAAUUAAAGCCACUCCUAAAGAGUCCUUCCAGUGGCUCUUUAAGAGCUAAGACUGCAGAUUCACAUGUUAAUUGGAUUCAAAAUAUGUUGUGCAUGGAUGUUAUGAUUUAUACUGAUCACUAACAUUUGUUUACACCUCAAACUAAAUCACUGUGGGUAUAUUUAUUUUUAUUAAUUUUAAAAUACAGAUGGAAUAAUAAAGCUUUUAUUGCAAACUGAAAACACUGGGUUUGUUUGUCAUGGCCCUCCAGAACUGACAAAAUGCAGUAAAAGGGCAUCAGAAAUAUAACUGAACGCAUCAAUACUGUUAGUUAAAAGGAGUGGAGAAAGAGCAAUUGAACUUCUUUUCCCUCUAGUUAGUUGAAAGAGAAAAGCUUUUAUUGUUACUGGUGUGUAACAUCAUGGAGCAAGUAGAGGACUGCUCUGUAAGUUAGCUAACCUAAAAACACUGGUAGCUAAGCACACUGAGCACCAGCCCUUUCACCUAUAGCUACUUAGCUGAAGCUAACUUGUGAUUGGGUUAUUAAAAUAACCCGCACUGGUUGGUAAAGUUUUACAAUUAAGUUGGCUUCAGCUAGAUACAUUAGCUAGUUGAAAAGGCUGGUUCUCAGAGGGUUAAGCUAACUCAGCUAGCCACAUAGUCUGAUGCUCUUUGUUUUUGCACUGCAUUUAAACUAUUUUGUAUUGUUAAUGUACUUACUAUUUAUUUUUGACUCUUCUGAUGACACUUUACUGCCUUUUAUCUGUUACAAAGAACACUCUAACAUCCUCCUCUCAAGUGUUACAUCUGGAUUUCAAUUUUUAGGAGCAAAUGAUCUAAAACGGUGACAUAAUGGUGCUAGCGUGGUUAAAAUUUAUAUGGAAGCAGACAGCCCAUUAACUUGGUCACCCAUUUCACUGGAACCAAAGUCAGCCAGCUUUGUGGCAAAGUCUGUUGAAUCGAUUGACCUCUCUGACAACCCACUGAUUGAUAUGUCGUGUUAAAUAUGUGAAAAGAGACUCUUGAUUCAGUUUCCAGCUUAGAAUCACAUUGCUUGAAAUGUGGCUGAACCAAAAGGCCAGUCACAUACUUCAUUUUUUGAAACUUUUUUUUCCCAAAGUUACAUAAGCCGAGUGUAUGUAUGGGCCUGUGAAAUUGUGGAAAGAGAGGAGACCUUAGGGGUGCAUGUGUUAAGAGUGCAUCUACAGGUUCACAUCCUAUGAGUGUGCCUGUGUGUGUUUGUAUAUGAGUGUUUCAGGCCCAUGGGACAGUGUUUGAGGAGCAGGGAGUGUGCAGCCCACAGCUGUUUUUCCGCUCAUUUCUGUGGUAGGUCGGGGGGGUGAGAGGAUAGACUUUUAACUACCUCCCCUCCUACCGCCCGUCCACCUUUUGCCACGGGGGGCACCACACGGAUGGGAGGAAAAGAGCGAGGCAGAAGAAAGCCCAUCGCCGCUUCGCAACCCCCUGGUUUUGAACUUCACUCGCUGUCCCUGCCUCCUCUGUUCUAUCUUACUCUUUUUCUUUUUUUCCUUCGUCAAAUUCAACGUGCCUCUCUUUCUAGCUCAGUCAUCUCUUUCCUCUCAGAGUGGCAGCACUCUUUGAGGUUUGCGGAGUUUGUUUAUUUCCAUGAGUGAUUAAAUUCUGAGUGACGGAUCUGCUCUGGUGGAGCAGCAGAGUGGUUAAGAGAGGUGGCGGCUGGAGAUGCAUCGGGUGGGGAAAUCAACACCUCAGGAGGGUUCGAUGAAAAGGGAUUGCUGGGUGUUUUAGGGUUCAUUUGAAGGACCCAGAUGUCACCGCCUUAGAUCUUCUGAUUUGUAUUUGGUGGUUUAAAAUGUGCUGUACUGUUUGUUUUU